AUGAUAAGUCGCGAUGUCAACUUCGAUGAGUCGGCCUUUGGACUGUUGAUGCUGAUUUCCGAUGACGAUGUUGAUGGCCUGGACUUCGAAUCGAUCGAUCUUGAUGAUGAAGAACCGCGUCCGAGACACUUCAAACAAACAGGAAAGCGCAAGGCCCAACCCAGUCACGACAAUGACGACGCAAGCAUGCCCCGAGCAGUGCGCCAACGACCCGGAUUGGAAGAGUCAAGUGCGCCGGAUGACCUCUCUUCACGUCGAGCCAACGAAGAUGAAGAAAGGAAGUCGGAGGAACAACAUGACACACCGACUUCCUCCGCGUUUUGGCACGCGAGUGCAAACGCCGUCGAAGCAGCGGUCGAUUUUUCGGAGCCGUCGGCAUUUGAAGAAGCAGUGUCUGGCCCGGACCAAGUACACUGGCGCAAGGCAAUUGAUGCGGAGCUCGAUUCGAUGAAGCUUCGCGGUGUCUUUCGUGCGGCCAAGUUACCCAACGGACAAAGCGCCAUCGGCACAAAGUGGGUCUUCAAGAUCAAGCGCAAGGCGGAUGGGUCGAUCGAGAAAUACAAGGCACGACUUGUGGCCAAGGGUUUUCGCCAAAAGUAUGGCAUCGACUACACGGAGACGUUCUCGCCCGUGGUCAAGUAUGUGACGCUGCGAAUGGUCAUCGCCAUUACCAAGCACUUUGGAUGGCCCCUCGACCAGCUCGAUGUGGCGUCAAGAUGGAAGGUGAUUUCGACUGUCUCCGAGCUGAUCAAGGCGAUCUACGGUCUCAAGCAAGCCUCGCGUGUUUGGACCGAGACCUUCGACGAGUUCAUACGCUCGAUUGGUUUUCAAGCGUCGGGAUUCGAUCCAUGUCUCUACAUCAUGACUUCGGAAGGCCAUUGUGUGUUUGUGCUGGUCUACGUGGACGAUGUCUUGGUGACCGGAAGCUCGCUCGAGAUGAUUGCGCGCACCAAGAACGACCUCAAGACACGCUUCGAGAUGACGGACAGCGGCAAGUGUGCCUUUGUUCUUGGGAUCGAGUUAUUGGACGGUGAAGAUGGCAGCGUGACUAUGUGUCAGCGCCGUUAUGUCGACGAUGUCCUCAAGCGCUUUGGAAUGGAUGAGUGCAAGGCUGUGGCAAGUCCGGUGGACGUCAGCUCUCGACUGGUUCCGAGCAACUCUGCAAGCAAGGUGGAUGUCCCAUUCCGUGAAGCAGUGGGUGAUUUGAUGCAUCUGACGACUGCAACGCGACCGGACAUCGCCUAUGCUGUAAGCUUUGUGUCACGGUUCAUGGAGAAACCCCAAGAAGAACACUGGGUUGCAGUCAAGCGCAUCUUCCGAUACCUACAAGGCACCAAGAUGCAUGGAAUCUGCUACAAGCCAAGUGCGAAGAUCGACUUUCGUGGCUAUUCAGAUGCAGACUGGGCCGGUGACCUUGCUGAUCGCAAAUCGACGUCCGGCUACGUCUUCAUGCUAUUGGGUGCUCCGGUGAGUUGGGGCAGCAAGAAACAGCCAAGUGUGUCACUGUCUACAAGCGAAGCGGAGUACAUCGCGCUCAGCCUGGCGAUCCAAGAAGGCAAGUGGAUCAAUCGCUUGCUGUGCGAGAUCAUGGCGGCUGCAAACGAAGAAGCACCCGAGCUCGUCAUCCGUGAAGACAACCAGUCGUGCAUCAAGAUGACGAAGAAUCCGGUCAACCACGGCCGCGCUAAACACAUCGACAUCAAGUACCAUCACAUCCGUGAUGAAGUCAAGCGCGGCGAAGUGAAGCUUGAAUACUGCGAGACGACGUUGAUGUUGGCGGACAUCAUGACGAAGGGACUUCACGGACCGCGUCACAAGGACUUGACGACGGCGCUUGGCAUCCGUGCGUGUUCGGAUUGA